UCUGAGGCGUCCUCCUCCGUACCUUCUUCUUCAAAGCGAUUUCUCAAGAAAUCUCCGCGACCUCGCUCCCCGCUCGCACCGGCAAAAACCCUAACCGGAAUCAAUGGACCCGCAGCCUGAACCGGUCAGCUACAUCUGCGGAGAUUGCGGGAUGGAGAACACGCUGAAGCCCGGGGACGUCAUCCAGUGCAGGGAGUGCGGGUACCGCAUCCUCUACAAGAAGCGCACCCGCCGAAUCAUUCAGUAUGAGGCCCGUUGAAAGAGCUUGAGGAUGUGGGCUUCAAUUUCCAUACAGACUUGUUUGUCAUUGUGACUGGGGUACGUGGUGGUAUGUCUUUGGAAGGUAGUCAUGAACAGAAGAGAGGUAACUGCUGUGCAGUCUUGUAAGCAUGUGUGAGUGCCAACUUGUCAAGAGCUUGGAUAAUGUUGAUAUAAUUUUGGUUAAAUGUGUACUGUGACACCAGCUCGUUCCAAUUCUUCUUCUGUAUUGGGAGCAGUUUUUGUUUGUCAAUUAAUUCGUCUUCGUAUAA